AUGAGCCGCGACCCGCAUGUGGCGAUUCUGGGCGGCGGCAUGGCGGGGCUGAUGUGCGCGCUGGGGCUGGCCGAGCGCGGCAUCCGCAGCACCGUGUUCGACACUGGCAAGCACGGGCUGGGCGGGCGAAUGGCCACUCGGGAGGUGGAAGUUGCUGGGAAAUUGCGCCUGUUUGACCACGCAGCACAGUUCUUCACCGUCACAGAUUCUCGCUUCCAAUCACACGUCGACAGGUGGCUCAAGGAAGGCGCCCUGCGGGUGUGGGACGAGGGGCGCAUAGGCACGCUGCAGGCAGGGGGGGCAUUCUCGGAGCUGUCGAGUGGUGGUGGCGGCGGUGGCGGUGGUGGUAGUGAAGCACGGAGGCUCGUUAGCCCCAACGGGAUGCGAGCAUUUUGUGAACACGUGAUUGCGGAUAAGGUGCGUGCAACCACCAUCCAUAUCAUUUAA